GGGUGUGUGUGUGUGUGUGCGUGUACACGCGUGUGGAAGUUGUGUGUGUUGCCAUGCCAAUGCUGAAGAGGAGCGUGGAGCCGCAUCAUGUGUGCCGGACGGAAAUCCCAGAAUGCAUUGGGAGUGAGCUGGAGUGUGUGAACAACGCAACACUGUCAGGCAUCAUACGUCAGCUCAGCAGUUUGAGUAAGCAUGCGGAGGACAUUUUUGCUGAGCUCUUUAACGAGGCCAGCAGCUUCUACUGGCGCACCGCCUCCUUACAGGACCGCAUCGACCGCCUCGCCAUCAAGGUCACGCAGCUGGACUCUAGCGUGGAGGAGGUCUCUCUCCAGGACAUUCACCUGCGUAAAGCCUUCCACAGCUGCACAGCUCAGGACCAGCAGGUGGUAUCCAAGGCCAGCAUCCCCACUCCUGUCGCUCAGAUGUAUCACCAUAGCGACCAGCCCCCUCCUCUCGGCUCGCUGACCCAGUACAGGGAGGAUGGGGUGAACGCUCUGAAGCUGUACUCCGACCCCUCCUACUUCUUCGACCUGUGGAAGGAGAGGAUGAUGAAGGCCACGGAGGAGACGAGGAGAGAGAGGAGGCGACAGAGAGAGCAGAAGCGAGGGAUGCAUGGCACUCUUCCGCGGGAGGUGAAGAGAGUGCGUAAAGUGAGGGAUCGCAAGGAGGAGUGGAGUCGCAUGGCUCUGGACCGGGAGCUCCGCCCUGACCGCGCCCACUCACACACACUCGCACACACACACUCUCACACACUCGCACACACACACACACACGCACUCGCAGGCCCACACACACACAUGCUGGCUGCUACUGUGAGGUUCACCAGGGAGUGCAGGCCUCUCUUUCAAGAGUUCCCUCCCACCCAUAUCAUGACCAAUCACAGGCCUCCCCAGCCAUCUCUGCCCAAUCAGCAUCAGGUCACGCCCCAGAGGGUGGAGCAUGAGUACCAUAGUAUAGGGGGUGCGGUGAGCAUCGCUGUGGUGUAUCGCGACGCAGCACACACACACACAAACACACUGACGCAAGCACACACACACACACACCCAAAC